AUGGAAGCGAGGAUGAUGGGGCUCGAUGACAGGUUGUGGAGCCGGGUAGUAGGGCUUGAACAGAGGAUGGAGGGGUUUGAGCAAAGGAUGUGGAGCAGACUAGCGGGACUUGAACAGAGGAUGGAGGGGAAAAUGCUGCGGUUUGAACUCGGGAUUGCGAAUAGAAUUAAAGAGCUUGAAUUUCAGAUGGAGUGGAUGAUGGGACAGAUUAAACUGGGGUAUGGAGAGAAUGCAAAGAUGCCUGAGCAUAGGCCGGAGGAAAGGAUAAAGGGGUUUGAACCAGGUAAUAAGGAGAGGAUGAGGGAGCCUGUACCAAGGAUGGAGGGAAAGACCGCAGGGUUUGAACCAGGGUUUGAAGAAUGGAUGAAGGAGUUUGAACAAAGGGUGGAAGAAAGAAUGAAGGGGUUUGAACCAGGGAAUAAGGACAGAAAGAAGGAGCUUGAACAAAGGGUGGAGAGAAAGAAGAAACCAGGGAUUGAAGAGAGGAUGGAGGAGUUUAUGGAAAGGAUAGAGGAAAAGAUAAGUGCGUUUGAACAGAAGAUGCAAGAGACAAAGAGUCUUCGCCCAGCUGAUUCAGACUACUUCUCAGAUGCUUCGUGAGUAAAAUCUGUUUUUAUCCUUCUAUCAGUCUAAUUAACAUUUCUAUGAUCUGAAGUUAUAGAAGCUUUUUCACAGCAUAGUGUCUUUGGCCUGAAUCACCUUUUCAAAUAUUAGAAUAUUGUGGAAAAGUCCAGUUUCUUGUCAAUUAUUUUAGUCCUGAAAAGAGCUCUUAUCAGUGAAUUAACUUUGAACACCUGCAAAGGUUUAUUCAGCAUUUAUUCUCUCACUCUGGUUCACUUAAUACAACGGGGUAUUACUGGGAUUGAUUGUCUAGCCAACUGCCCUGACCUGGGAUUGUGGACUGAGGAUUUAUGAUCACUGUAAACCGUAAAUAUUUCAAGUUUUUUCAGUUGCACCUUUAAUCUCUAACAACCUUUUCCUCUCUUUUUACCCAACUCAAACGCCUGCAGCAUGUGCUCACAAGGAUCCACUUAUACCACAAAAAGUGAUGACUCAAAAAAGAAAAUAUACAAUUUGGGGUAUGAGUUUACAAACAAUUAUGAGUACUCAUAUAAACACAGAUAUACACCCCUAAUAGUAAUAAUCAAAGUGUCUUAACUGUGUUUCCCUUCUUGCAGAAAAAAGCAACACAUGACUGCAGAGGAAGCGAAGAAAAAAUCUAAAAGGUAAGAAGCCGCUGUUACUCCUGAGCCCUCACACAGCUGAUGAGUGAAACGUGUGCACCACUUACUUUUUGUUUUCCAGUAAAGACAAUCAGAAUCACCUUUGCCGUCACUAUAUUGUAUGGAGUUUACAGAUGAAUUAACUAACCUGCUCCCAAAGAUGGCAGAAAAUAGAUUGUGACAGCUUGCCAAUCAUUCUAAAACUGUUGUUUCAAUUACAGCACAAAUACUGUCUGUGCUGCCAUCUAGUGGUGAAAAGGAAACAGUAGACUCAUCUGUAGGAUCCUGAAAAAAACAUUUAACAGUUCAGCAGGGUUUUAAAAAUACUCACAUUUACAUACCUGAAACAUGGGACAACAAGAGUAAACAACCACAAUUGGUCAGGCUCGAACCAGAAAAGAAGAUCUGAAUGUCAACGGUCACGUAGCUGUGACUUAAGGCAGUAACUCACUACAGGAAAAUUAUUCAUUUCUGAGAUAUUAAAAUCAUUUUUUUUAUUUUUUGGGAAUUUAGCCUUAAGUUAUAUAAAGUUUUUGGGGCCAAUCAGCUUACAUUUUGCUACUUUGUUGUUUCUUUUUCCAGUUGUUACCGUGUUUUGAUGAUUAACUUUUAUAAAUUUCUCUUCUUUCUGGCAUAUUCACCGACUACAGCCAGGAAUCAGGUUCAUCUGGUUCGCCCUCUCCGAGUGAGGGGUCAAAGAUCGAAUAAUGAAGUCCAAAAUGAUGAAAAAAAGAUCCUUCUCUACAAGUAAGUAUUCAUGAAAAUCACUUCAUUCAUUUGGUGUAGUUAUAUAUAACUUGAGGAAAAUGCGGAAAACUUGCGGAAUUGUUAAUGCUGUAGCUGGUGGGCGCAUUUAAACACAUGGAUCUGAGAACUGGUUGAUGAUUAAUAGAGCACAUACAGGAGUUACAGGUAAAUGGAGAGAUGGAUGGAGUAGACGACAAGAGUAAAGUGUGGCUAAAUGGUGCAAUAAAUAAAUGAAACAAUAGCAGCCUGUGGUGUGGUGCUGCUGUUUAAUAAUGGAGACAGGAGUUUAAUUUCCAGGCUGUCCUCGCCUUUCCCAAGUCUUUAGACUCAUUAUUUUUGUGUUUGUUAUUUUCCACCAAACAUCUGGGGAAUUUUUAGUACGACAAGGAUUAUACCAAGAAACUAUAAAUAAUUAAACCUUCAUUAAUACACAGAAUUAAAUAUAUUAAAAGUAAGCAAAUAUCACCAAAAACAGCCUAAAAGUGGAAAAAGUAGGUAGGUAGUCAUGGACGAAGUAGUUGUAUGAGUAGAUGUAGGGUUGUGAUAGUAUUAACAAUGAAGAGGUGCUAUGAUUACUACUACUCCUUUAACUAAUACUAAUAAUAAUGAUAAUAAAAAUAAUGUGGCAAGAAGGAAAAUGACUCCUGAAAAAAACUUUUCCUUUCAAUUUUCAACAAAAUCUUUAUUUGUUUUUUCUUUUACUCCCGUCAGUUGCCAUGUACCUGGGGAUCAAAAAGGGGGAAAUAAAGAUGAUAAACUCUGCUCCCUCAGAUUCACUUGGAGUAUGAGGACCACCAGCACCAUGGAGCCUGGCCACAUCAUACAGAAAAUACCGAAUGCCCUGUCCUUCCCUCGACAGCGUCAGGUUCAAAUGGAUAUCUGGAUCAUUCAUCACUUUCAAGAACAAAUUCUGUUGAGCACAAUAACCACUCUCUUCUUCUCUGUCUUCUGGCGGCUGUAUUUUGUCUCUUUUACUGUUCAGAUAAAAAAGAAUACUCAUCUCUUGAGAAAACACAUCUGCACUUAG